GUUGUUUGUUUGUCUGUCUGUCAGGUGUAGUUAACAUUUUGAUUCACGUAUUCGUGCGGUAUUUGUUUUAUUUAUACAAACAGUACGACGAUUGUAUUUAAUACAAAACGGAGCGUUAUAACUGUAAAUGUAAUUGGAUAUAAAGAGUUGUUUGGGUCAGCUGGAAACUCUUGUACCGGUGGGUUGGAAGUGAUGCAACAUGGCAGCAACUCCCCUCAAUCGGUGUUUUCUGUCGGCUCUAAGGAGACACACUCGGUGUCAGAGCCGUGGACUUAACUCUUUGGCCGAGAGGACAGUCAGCCGGGUGUCCUCUGUUGUGAUAUGUCGCCGCAUGAGAGCAGAGGGGAGCACGAGCCUGGACAGGGUACCCGCGAUGGAGUGGGACAGAAACAGGGGUCGGGAAGACGGCAGCGCCCCUCCGCUCAGGUCGGUGUCGGUGGGUUUGGGGCUCUGUGGAGCGGCGCUGCUGGACAGUCAAGAAGACGAGGAGGGGAAGGACGGAAGAACCUCGAUAUCCGAGCGGUUUCUUGAACUAAUUCUGCCUUCAGCUCAGUGUGCUUCUACAUUUAAACCUGACAGCCCCCGGUUUAAAUACAAUUUUAUUGCCGAUGUAGUCGAAAAAUCCACUCCAGCUGUCGUCUACAUUGAAAUCGUGGGGAGACACCCAUUUUCUGGCAGAGAAGUCCCACUUUCAAAUGGCUCUGGUUUCAUCAUAAGCAGUGAUGGUCUCAUUGUGACCAAUGCUCAUGUUGUGGCCAACAAGAGAGGCGUCCGGGUGAAGCUCAACAACGGAGAGAUGUACAGUGCAACUGUGCAAGAUGUUGAUCCAGUGGCAGACAUCGCCACCAUCAAAAUCUCUGCGAGCAAUCCGUUACCCACGCUCAAGCUUGGUCGGUCGUCCGACGUUCGACAAGGAGAGUUCGUGGUGGCCAUGGGAAGCCCGUUCUCUUUGCGGAAUACAAUCACGUCGGGAAUCGUCAGCUCGGUCCACAGAGGCAGUAAAGAGCUGGGCCUGUCCAAUUCCAACAUGGAGUACAUCCAGACCGAUGCAGCCAUAGAUUUUGGAAAUUCUGGGGGUCCCCUGAUUAACUUGGAUGGUGAAGUCAUCGGUAUAAACACCAUGAAGGUCACUGCAGGAAUCUCUUUCGCUAUUCCAUCUGAUCGCGUGACACUUUUUCUUGAGCAAGCAGCAAAUAAGAAGAAUUCUUGGUUUGGAGAAUCAAAGACGAAGCGGCGGUACAUUGGCGUCAUGAUGCUGACACUGACGCCGAGCAUCAUUGAAGAGUUGAAGUUGAGAGACCCAUCCUUCCCAGACGUGACACGUGGCGUCCUGAUUCACAGAGUGAUCUCGGGCUCACCGGCCAACAGAGCUGGCAUGCUGCCAGGAGACAUUGUGGGGGAGAUUAACGGCGUGAAGGUCAACACUUCAGAGGAGAUCUACCAGUCCGUCCGCAGCGGCGACAAAAUCACCAUGGUGGUGCAGAGAGGAGACGAGUUGCUUCAACUGCACAUGACUCCAGAGUGCACAGAGUGACCGCACCAUUUAAUUCAUCGAUUUCGUGAUGAUCUGAGGGACUGACGUUCACGUGAUGAGUUCAUGCUUUAGGGUAAAAUGUUGAGCUACAGUAUUUGAUGACUGUUGUUAAAAAGGUGAACCUGCAAGCAUCUAAGAAAAAGGGCAAACAGUCCGGUAUUCAAUACAAUAAACAAAAUGUGUUUUCUA